AUGCCUGAAACCCCUUGCAAGAAAGGGAAAUGGUCCAGCACUGUGACCUCUCCCCCACUGCCCCUCUGCUCCGACAGUGACAGCUUCGAGUCUAAGGAAUUCCUGAGGACAUCGCAGUGGCCCAGAGGCUCCAAGUCCCUUUCGGCCUCCCUCUCUGGACUGGGCGUCUCUCACAGACAGGAACCAGGGCUCUGGAACAAGCCUCCGACCCCCAAAACCAGCCCACAGGCAGCCCGGCAAAGCCCCCAGACUCUGAAGCAGAGCCGGCUUGACCACCUCCCUAGAGGUCUUGGGCCUGGGAACCAAGACCAGGCAGCACUGGGAGCUGAGCUUCCUGCAGACCAGGGACGACCACGAGCCGGGAGACAGGCCACGGCACAGCCCCGGGGCAGGGUGAGAAGACACUUCAGGGCCUUUUGCAAAGGCUUCCUUGUGGCUGUGGCCGUGGUAGUGACUUUCUGCGUGGCAAGAGUGAAAGGGGCCUCGGUGCAGCCCUCGCUGAAUCCAGGCGGGAGCCAGUCAUCUGAGGUGGCGCUGCUGAACCCCUGGAAAGUGAGGAACCUGGAAGUGCAGCGUGGUGACGUCUUGUCACUGGUGUCCCCAAGAAACCCAGGACAGAAGAUCAAGAGAGUGAUUGCACUUGAAGGGGACGUCGUCAGAACCAUCGGUGCUAACCGCCGCUAUGUCCAGAUCCCCCCGGGUCACACGUGGAUCGAAGGCGAUCACCACGGGCACAGUUUUGACAGUCAUUCUUUCGGGCCGGUCUCCCUGGGGCUCCUCCACGCCCACGCCACCCACAUCCUGUGGCCUCCACAGCGCUGGCAGAGACUGGAGUCAGUUCUGCGCCUACUGGUCCAGAGCGCAGAGGAGUGGCGGCAUGGAUGUCCCCCAGUGCUGGCCUUGGAAGCCGACAGCACCCAGUGCAGGAAGGGGGAUAGAGCACCCAAAGAGAACACUCAACCAGAUGCUGCUCUGUGCGAAACACGUUGCAUAGAGACGUCUGUGUAA